CACUACGUACCGGUACGAGCACUGUAUCGAUCCAUCCCUUCACCGCUCGAAACCAACCAACCAACGAACCAACGAAGCAACAAACAAACUACCUAGCCAGCUAACCAGCUAACGCACGCACACGAUCCGUCCUCCCGACAUGGUGGCCGCGGUGGCAAGCGGGCCAACCAGCAACGCUUGCUCCGGGGGCAAGGAUGUUUCGUCCGAGGCCACAACGACGGCGAUGCUGGUAUCGGUGUCGGCUUCGGUGUCGCUUUCGAUGUCGGCUUCGAUGUCUUCCGCAACCGUCCGGAAAGAAGGAGGGCGGCCGGCGUCCCCCGAUUGCGACACGGCAUGCAAAAACCGAAUCCGUGUGGUGCUUCGAGGGCCGCGGAACGAAAGCGAAAGCGAAACCGAAUCCGAAAGCGAGAAUGCCGGCAACGGCGCGGUGUCUGCGGCGAUCGAUGACGGAGCAACGGCGAUGCCUUCCUCUGCACCGGCCAGGAAGAACCUCGAGGCAGCUCUUACCAAUAGUUGCUCGAAGGGUGGUUCUGGUGACUCUUUGUCUUUGUCGUCGUCUUUGUCUUCGUCUUCGUCUUCKUCUUUUCUCUCUCCACCCAUAAAACCAGCACACACCGAACGGGAAGAGGAAGAAAACUACGGGCUUGCCGCAUCCGAGUCUUUGUCCGAAUCGGGAUCCGGCCCGAGCUCCCCCCUCGCGCCGGCGGCUCGCAGAGGAGAAAGGGCUCCAGGGGUUCUGCCCCGCCCGAUCGAAGCCUCCCCCACCCCUCGCCGUCCCGCCCGAUCGAUUCUGCGAAAACGGACGAAGGAAGGGGAGGCGCCGUUUCCGGCGCCCUCCCCCAGGCCGUGCACGGGCCGCAKGGUCGGGGGCCUGUGGAGCCCGUCCGUCUCGGUGGUGGGGGGGGACGGAAGGGAGGCUCGAGCGGAGGCUCCGCGGGCCAUGGAGCAGGCGCCGCCUCCGCCGGUGCCCCUGCCCCCGGCGGGUUCGCCGCUGGACCGCUUGCGGGGGGAGACCCUGUCGCGCGUCCUGUGCUACCUGCCCCUCGCCGAUCUGCUGCGGGCCGGGAGGCUUUCCCGGCGGUGGAGGCACGAGGUCCACCACCGGGGGAACGAAAACGAAAACGAGAACGAGCACGAGACCGACCACCCGGCCGGGGGGUACGGCCCGUUGCCGUUGGUAAAUCCCUCUCCGGCACCCCGGGGCACGGCGCAUCGCCACAAUCGCUGCCGCUCCGGCGGCGGCCGCCACCGUUUGUGGGAAAAGGUGGACGCCACUAGCUUCCUACAAGAAACCUACGAACGAUUCCUAGGAAUCGGGAAGAAGCGAAUGCUGUUGCAGCAGCAGGAGCAGCAGCAAGAGCUCAGACAAUCGCCACCGGCAACGUUGAUACCAACAUCGUUGCCACCACAAUCAAGGAAGAAAAAACCCAAAAGGAAAUCGAUUGUCGAUCCUUCCGAAUGGGCAAGAAUCCAAACCGGACUGGCCCUGGGGAAGGUUCUUGGCACCCGGACCACCAAAGUACCGUCACCGGGAUCAGAUCAUACCGGGGAGACCCCCUCUGUCUCGAUAAGAUCGCUGGUCCUUGGAAACAUCGGGAACAAGCUGUCGGCGGAUCGACUGGACGAUUUCCUUCCAACGGUGGUCUUGUCCAACCUGCGGGAGCUUACCCUGACCAACUUUGAGGGUCUGACCGACACCCACGUCCACGUGCUUCUGCUUAGCACGACAACAAUGCUCCUGGGUGCCGGUGCCGCCAACUGCAAACCCGGGAGGAGGAAUCUUCCCCUGGGUUCUCCGAACCAAAACCAGAGACAACCGCAUUCCACCGGGAGGCAAGGGAACCAGUGGACGAGGCUGGUUCUCGAUGGCUGCCACGGGCUAACGAGCCACGCGCUGACCUCGAUUGCCAAAUUGUGCAGCCAGGACCACCUGAGGGAGCUGUCGCUGCGGGAUUGCCCGGGAAUCGAUACGAUCGCCCCGCUCUCGGAGCUGCUGGUGACCAAGCUGGGGGCGAAGAAGGCAACCACGGCGACAACUAUGGCGACGACAGCAGCGACAACAGCUACAAACACAAACACAAACACGCAUUCCCACCGAGACGAAUUACUGCGUCCAUCGCCGGUACCACUCUCUGCGCUUGUCCCUGCAGAAGCCCUCGGUCGCAAACUCCGGGACUUCAGCGAUGGCGAAUGUUCCACGCGUGCUGCUAGAGUGCCGGCCCCGAUGGCCCGGCUGUUCGAAACGCCCCCCGCGGCUUCCGUGGAGACCACCCAUCGACGGGGGAGGGGGUCACCGCCUUUGUCGUCCUCCACACUGGCAUCGCUGUUUGAUCUCCCCGGGACGUCCCCCACCCGACGGAAGACCGCCGAGUCUCUGGUCCUUCUCCCGCCCCCGCCACCGGUUCUGGCCCUCGGAGAGAGUGGUGCCAUCACUUCGGCCGGUUCCUCGCCGCUGCGGUUGCGGCCACCGCCGCGCUUGCCGUCGGACCCGCUGUCGCACCGACGUUCCUCCCCGGGCUUGGAAACGCAACCCCUUUUGCUGUCCUGUGCCGACGGCGUGACACCAAAACCCUCUCCCCCACGAAAGCACCAGCUUGUCCCAGAAAAAGAAACUGCCGCCGCUGCUGCUCCUUCCAUGGCACAUGCAUCGCGGAGAUACCACCGACACAAGCAGUCCUUGUCCAAGGAAGCCGCUUUGCCGUUUCCACCCGGUUUGCUCCCAAGCAAAAACAGAGACGAAUGGGAAAGGGUGUGCCGGCUGCAUUCUUUCGCCCCGACGUUCGAAUGCCGCGACCAUCGCUCCGAUAACCGCGCAAACGGCAAUCCCGGCCCAAGCACGGCGUUGAAUGACGUCCGACCGCCGUCGUUCUUCGGGGAGGGCACGACGACGGUGGGAAGCCUGGAAGCCCUGGAUCUACGCGGAACCGCCGUCCGACCCAGGGAAAUAGUCGGUGUUCUCUGGUCUCUGACCCACCAUCGACCGAGGAAGAAACCUUUGAUGAGCGUCGGGGCGAGAACCUGUUUUCCAAACCAGAGCGACAGCAACACUGCUUCUGCCUGGUGCCGUGUUUGGUUCGAGGAAUUGCACCUGAACGGUGGCCUUGACUACUACUCCUGCCGCCGCCGGAACGAAAUCCGGGUCAAUCUCCGCACAGGCGCAGGGGAAGACGCAACACACGCAACGAUCGACGCAGCAGGUGCAUGUUUUCUCCCGGCAACGCGCUGGUGGGACGGUGCUAUGGCCGAGUCCGAUAGCUGCCCCGGUGGCACGGGCUGGACCGGGGAGGACCGGAGAGAUCUCGAGGCUUCGCUGGCCAUGGACGAAAUGGAGCUGAGGAUUGGUGGCGAAAAAGCAAAGAAAAAGAAAAUAACACGCAAUUGCUACCAAUUACGAAUGCAACGCAACGCAAUACAAUAACGCAAAUCGAGCGAAACGCAAGGAGCCUAGCACUUGUGGAAAGUCAAUCGUGCUCCGUUUUGUGCACUACACUUAAAUUUAAUUUACGACACACUUCAGAACUUCGUACGGCACUAAAACAAUCAUAAAGACUGCUAUGAACAAAUACAUAAACACAUAGACA